AUGCGUUGGAGUUCGUUCUUUAAGGUCCCGGCGCGGCUACUUGGCACUGCCGCUAAGGACUCCGCGCCGGCUGGGACGACCUCUGCCGCCCAAGCUGCUGAGUGCCGGAUGACGCUGCAGGACAAGGUGCUCAACCUGACACAAAGCGCUAUUCAGGAGGGUCGCGCCCACUUCAAGGUUGGUAGUAGGAAGCUGUACUUCCCCAAGGCGCGGGUAAUUCUUCUGCGCUCGAACGCGAAGCACACGCCGUACCAGGCGAAGUUCAUUGUGCCCAAGUCAUUCAACAAGCUGGACCUGCGGGACUACCUGUAUCAUCUUUACGGCCUGCGGGCGUUGAACAUCACGACACAGUUGCUGCAUGGGCGGUUCCGCAAGCCACAUCCGCUCAAGCCGCGGUACCGCGACCCUCAGAUAAAGAAGAUGACCAUUGAGAUGCAGGAGCCCUUUAUCUGGCCCGAGGAGACCAAGGACACCACGCAGGAUUUCCUCAGAGAGGAGACGGAGAAGUACAUGCAGAACAGCAGCAGCAGGCUGGGCUCCGACAAGUUCAAGCCGGGCGAGGCGUUCGGAGGCGCGCUCGGGCCCUACAAGGAAGCGGCGCAGGCUUUCGUCCCACGCAUGAUGAGACGCAAGUUCGAGAACAAACGCGCCAAGGUGUUGGAUAAGGCAAAGUGCAUGAAGCAGUUCGGCCUGAUCGACAGAUAUGCCGCUGAGGAGGUGACGACAAAGCUGUAA